AUGGGCAAUAGUCAAGGGUCAACAAUAAGAGGAGGCCUUCAUAUCUCAACAGAUAAAUCUUCUUAUGUCGGUGGUGAAUUUGUGUCUGGAAAUAUUUUCCUUCAAAUUGAUGAUCCGAUUCCAAAUUCACAAGUUAUUCUUGGUUUCAAAUUAAAUUAAAGAGUCUUAAAUAUCUUCCAGAUUUGACGCCUCCACAUGCUUUCGACCAACGAAAACCUGCUUGGCAGACGGAAGUUCAGCAGCCGCUAUUUGGAAUAGUGAUCUUCAAUUGGAGCAGAGGCUUCUACUGUGACCUCCAAGAGUGUCGAGGGGUUAGGAAGACACCCUGCCAGUGCGCCAUCGGAUGCUAUUUGAGGCAAAGGCUAGCUCGAUACCCUCUGUCAGCCACCUUCGGGGCAGGUGGCAUUCAGGGAAAAAAGAACCAUGACACCCGGAAUGGUAAGGAAGAGCACUUAGCCCAAAAGCCAUCCUGAGAUAGCUCCUGAAAUAUUUUAGAUCAUUAUUGGUCAUCCAUUUUAAUUUCAAAAAUAAUUUGUACUUGUCAGCUUUUUUGAGAAAAUGACAGAUCUCCAUUUAUGUUUUUAAAGUGCCUAAUCAGACUUAUACUUUAUAAGGCAGGUGCCCUGUACCAUAUUUUUUUCUGGUCGGUAUUCUGCUGGGGUAAAGAUCUAUUAAGGUGCAUGAGCUUUAACUAAUCCUGGACUGGAAUGAUCACCAGCUGACUCCUAAGGUUUACCCACCCCUUACGGCAGCGAUUACGCAUAUUAAGGUUAGAAUUAAAAACCUAAACGAUUUAGGCUAUAAAACCAUUUUCGCGCCCAAAGUGGUGCGACCUCCUAAAGGACAUAUUUCGUCGCCGCCACCAUAUUAAUUAUUUGGCUUCAAAGGAAAAGAAUACACUCAUUGGAGCACAAACAAAGGCUCAGGGAAGCACAGGCAUCUCAGAUUUUAUGAAGGUAAACACUGCAUUUCUAAUUUCAAGUAUCAAAUUUAUGCUUUGGACGCUUCUCAGUCGGUACAAAGCUAUACAAUUCCUUUUUCUUUUAAAUUGCCAGAUAACCUUCCUGGUUCAUUUAGUAUUACGGCUAGCAGCGGCACUAGCGCUUUCAUCAGAUAUGAGAUGAGGGCAAAGCUAAUUCCUGUGAGCGGAAAAGCUUUUUUUAAAAACAAACGAGAAAUAGAAAUCAAGCAAGUAGCUGAAAGCAUUAACCAAAAUAUAGAGUGCGAAAAAACGGCUCAAAUAUCAACUUGGUGUUGCGUCAGUAAAGGAGCGCUUUCAAUUAAAGCAAGGUUUGCUAACUCUUUUCCAAAUUAUUCCGAUAUUUUUUCUAAUAAAUUUCGUGUAUAUAUAAAAUUCUGAAUAUAAUUAUGUCUUUCCAAAAAGUAAAAAUUUUUAUAAAAUUUUUAAAGAUCUUUUUUUAAGUAGGGAAGUAAGGACUUUUACACUCCAGAUGAAAUUGCAACUGCGAUUGUUGACGUGAAUAACUCACUAAGCAAGCUAAAAGUUAAAAAGAUAAGAACAGUCUUAACAAGAAAAGUUAGAUUAACUGGAAAAGAAUCUGCUCUUACUUCUUUGAUCGACCUUAAUCUCACCAGUUAUACCCAUUAUCACCUUUUGAGUGAUAAUAUUGUGGAAUCAUUCACUGAGUGUCUAAUUCCUGAAGGAGUUGAUGGAAGCUCUGAGACUGACCCCCUUUUGCAAGAAAGAGCACUAAAUAUUUCUUUGGAUCUCAGCAAGUCAAGAGAUAAAAUUGUCGGGCAUUUUACUACAAAAGGGAAAAUAGUUGAGUGCAGCUACAGUUUGGCUGUUGAAGCAGAAAUGGAUGGAACCUGCAUGUGCUGCGGAGACAGUACUUUUGUUUCUACGCCUGUGAUGAUAUAUCCUGCGGAAUAUGCCCCAGCGCCAUUGCCAUCACCUCCAGAAAACUGGAAUCCGGAACUUGUGGGGCACGUGAAUUUGGCUUGGGAUGCAAAGUAUGAGGUGCAGCCUGUAACACCAACUCAAUGGUAA